AUGUCGGCCACUGCAGUUAGGAAGCGGAUGCUGCAAAUAACCCGGUUACACUGCAGUACACUCCAGCGUCUGAAAUCCUAUUUCCUACAUGUAUUCAGUGCUGACGGUGACCGUUUCGCGCCCUCCCCACGCAAGGACGUGGAACGGACGUUUUCUCACGAACAUCAGGACAUGAGGGUCAUGUCCUUUCCUCCUGUUCCUGUUGGUACUGAACGCCCCCACCCCAGCUGCACUGCUCCCCCGGCCCUGACUGUCCCAAGGAUCCACUCUGGAAAGAUGCAGGCCGGUGGCACCCGCCACACAGAGCAGAGGCCAGGAAGAGAUCGCCGCAAACAGCGGCAGGAGCCCCUCAUGGAGCCCCCAGGCGAGCAGCCACUGCAAGAGCCCCCGGGGGACAAGUCCCUGCCCGAGGACUCGGGCCUCAAGACCACACCCGGCACGCACAUUCUCUACGUGGGCCACCUGAACCCCCAGUUCUCCGUGCCCGUGCUCACCUGCCUGCUGCGAGACACCCUGGAGCGGCUGGAGCUGCGGGUGCCACGGGAGCACAUCGAGGUGGUGAGGCGACCCCGCAGGGCCUACGCGCUGGUGCAGGUGUCGGCUCCUGAGGACACCCUGGCCUCCCUCCCCCGGCUCCUGCAAACAGCCUGGGAGGAGCAGCAGAUUCCCAAGGAGCUGGCGGCCCGUGGGAAGGAGCUGGUGCUGGGGGAGGGCCAGGGGCCCCCAAACUGCAGGGAGCUCACCCCCCGCCCCCCGCAGGAGGAGGACAGCGGCCCGAGCCCCUGCCCCAGCCCCCCCAGCAGCACCCUGGGGCGGGCCCUGCGGGGGUCCCGGGGCCAGGCGGGGGGCACGCGCUCUGACAGCGCCAUCGCGCACCAAGAGAUACUGGGCCAGGAGCGCCUCUUCCAGGGCGCCUUCCUGGGCAGCGAGACGCGCAGCGUGGAGUUCAAGCGCGGCGGCGGUGAGUACCUGAGCCUGGCCUUCAAGCACCACCUGCGGCGCUACGCGUGCGCCUUCCUCAACAGCGGGGGCGGCAGCCUGUUGGUGGGCGUCGAGGACAGCGGCCUGGUGCAGGGCGUGCGCUGCGGCCACCGCGACGAGGACCGCGUGCGCCUGCUGGUGGACUCGGUCCUGCAGGGCUUCCGGCCCCAGGUCUUCCCCGACGCCUACACGCUCUCCUUCAUCCCCGUGGUCAGCACCUCGGCCGCCAGCACGCCCCUCAAGGUGAUCCGCCUGAGUGUGCACGGCCCCCGGGCCCCGGCACAGCCGCAGCUCUACGAGACCGACCAGGGUGAGGUGUUCCUGCGGCGGGACGGGAGCAUCCAGGGUCCGCUGUCCGUCCACGCCAUCCAGGAGUGGUGCCAGCAGAAGUGGGCGGCCGAGCUGGGCAACCUGGAGCAGAGGCUGAAGGUGCUGAUGGCGGAGAAGGAGCAGCUCCAGCAGCAGCUGCAGCGGCGCCGGCCCAUCUCCUGCACCUGCUGCGUCCUGUGAGGGUCCCUGCGGCGGGCGGGCGGAGGCCAGCUUCACCUGGAGGGGGCGCUCCUCCGACCGCCUCCCGCUGGUCGCCCGUGCGGGGGCCUCGAGCCCGAGCAGAUCCGGGUCCGCAGAGCCGAGAAAUGGCUCUUCGCACGAAACCCCAGCAACCGUGCUUCCAGAAAGCGCUGCUGAAAACGGCCGGAGCCACCCUGGGACCAAGCUCUAAGGACCGCCCUGCUUCCUCAGAGGCUCCUUUUGACCGGCCUGGGUCUCGGAUGCAGGGGCGAGACGCACCAGAAGGAAUGUAUCACUGGGAAAGCCUGGGGAGGGCCCACUCGGGCACAUGGCUCCGGGGCCAACAGGCCACUCUGCAGCCCCCACCGUGGCCUUUGCUGGAACCUGUGACCGUCACAGCCCUUUAAUAAAUUCCAUGCACCUGGGGCGAGGAUGGUUCUUUCUAGGACGCCCGGUGAGCUGCUGCGCGCAGCUGAGUGGGGAGUCCUGCGCCCGCCCCCAUCCACGAGGCCCAGCCAG